AAGCCCACAAAUAUCCAAACCGUCCCAAUUAUUUACCGUUCUCCUGAAAUUCUAGGGUUUCUCAUCUUUUUUUCUCUCAAUCAACUCCUUCAGAUUUCCAAAAUCAAAACAAUUCAAUUCCUUAAAUCAACACAUAUGCAACCUCCAAACAUAUUCCAAAUUCAUCCAGGAUUCAUAUAAUAGCCACUUUUUCCCAUUCAAAAAAACAGCUAUUAUAUUAAUAUUUUGCCUUGGUUUAUUGACUUGAUAAUGAUAAUAUCUUCAUUCCUUCGUUUCACUUCAUCCUUUAUGUUCAACAAACUUACAAAUCUUCGUGUUUUUGGUCCUGGAUUGAACCCUUUUGGUCCUUACAAUUUGGCUAAUCAUUCCUCUCGUUAAACCCCUAAUCUUUUUUUUCUGUUGUUUGAUUGUUAGAUCAUGUAAAAUUGAAGGAUUUCUAAGCAAAUUAUCACUUCUUUUGGGUCUUUUCUGCUAAGACAGAUCAAUCUUGAAAAAGAAUUGUAUUUUUGGUUAGGUUCAAUUAUGUAAAUUGAAGGGUGUUUUAAGCAAAUUAUCAGUUCUUUUGAGUCCUUUUUGCUGAAAACUUUUGUGGGGUUUUCCUAUUUGGAAGAAAUAUCAAUCUUGUUGGAAAAAAAAAUCUAUUUUUCUUGUGAUUUUAGGUUCAAUAAUGUAAAUUGAAGGGUCUUUAAGCAAAUUUUCAGUUCUUUUGGGUCUUUUAUACUGAAGGCUUUGUGAGUUUUUCGUGUAAUCGAAAGACAUAUCAAUCUUGUUGGAAUUUUUUUUUUCUAUUUUUCUUGUGAUUUUGGUUCAAUUAUGUAAAUUGAAGGGUGUUUAAGCAAAUUUCAGUUCUUUUGGGUCCUUUAUACUGAAGGCUUUGUGGGUUUUUCGCGUAAUCGAAAGACAUAUCGAUCUUGUUGGAAAAAAAAAUUCUAUUUUUCUUGUGAUUUUGGUUCAACUAUGUAAAUUGAAGGGUGUUUAAGCAAAUUUCAGUUCUUUUGGGUCUUUUAUGCUGAAGGCUUUGUGGGUUUUUCGCGUAAUCGAAAGACAUAUCAAUCUUGUUGGGAAAAAAUUGAAUUUUUCAUGUGAUUUAGGUUGAAUUAUGUAAAGGGUCUUAUUUUGAGUUAUCAAGAUUAUUAUAGUUUUUGGACUUGUUGAUUAGUUUUCGAAAUUACUCUUCCUAUUGCUGGUGAAAGAGUUGAAAGAAAUAUCGCGAGAAAGGAAAGAAAAAAAGGAUUUACUUUCAUUAGGUACUUGUUUGGUGUUAUAAAAGAGAAAAAUGGAGGAGGAACAGAUGGGUUCGAUUAGGCGGUUAAGAAGAAUGCGUUCGACUGCUGGUGAUCGUGAUACGGAUGAUCGUGGUUGGACUCCACUUCAUAUUGUUGCUCGGAAAGGUGACCUCAAACAGGUCAGAAGACUUCUGAAUGAAGGCAUGGAUGCAAAUGUUAUUGCAGGGGGGCCUAAAUCAUUUGGUAUGACCCCACUCCAUCUUGCUGCUAAGGGAGGUCACGUGCGAGUUAUGGAUGAAUUGCUUGAGAGAGGUGCUGAUAUCGAUGCUCGAGCCAAGGGUGCCUGUGCAUGGACCCCUCUCCACCAUGCAGCUAAAGAGAAAAAGAAGAAAGCAAUUAAAUUCUUGAUUAGAAAUGGUGCAUUUUUGCCAGAUGACAUUUCUGACACCAGGUUCAAUCCACCACUCCACUAUUGUCCCGGUCUUGAAUGGGCUUAUGAGGAAAUGAAGCUGCUUCAGCUAGAGAGUUCAUCAUCUGGCGAGGCCUCCUACAGCUCAGAAAACUGAGGUCGAAUUGAAUGCUCCAAGUGUUGAUGUGUGGAGUUCAGGACUCCUCUCAACGUAGUAUCUACUCUAUGUUUAAGUGUUACCGUUGGUCAACUCUAGUGUUGCAUUUGGAUUGUGAGCGUCGAUUUCAUGCUUUACUUCGUUGUGGUUUGCGUGUUUGUUAUUUAGCAAGUAGUUGUUACUAAGACUGUUGUGUCACUGCAGUGAGUAUGCUAAGGAAACAAUGUCUUGUGUUCACCAUCUGGAUGUCUUAUCAUAUUUUGGUGAUGAAUAAAUCUGCUUGGUUGUGUUUAA